GUGGGUCCUCACAGGUGCGCCGGUGCUCAACAGCGCGCGCGCUUGGGGGCGAAGCUCUGCUCCACAGCGCGGUGCUCAAGGACGUGGUCCGGUUCGCGGCCGCGCUCCUGCCCCAGGGCGCGCUCGAGGUCACGAGCUUGUCGAGGCUCGACGGCAUGCAGAUGCGCACGGUGGUCCGGCUCACGGCCGCGCUCCUGCCCCAGGGCGCGCUCGAGGUCACGAGCUUCCCGAGGCUCGACGGCUUGCAGGUGCGCACGGGCGUGCCUGUGGCCAACGGCGCGACGGUGUUCCCGGACGUUCUUGGCAUUCCCCACUGCGUGAUGGUACUCCCGGAGGGGCCGUACUUGCAGUGGGCGUGCUUCGAUUGUAUUACCUUAUCCGCAGCCGCCUGCGACAACCCGCAGUCUACCGCGGGACAUGGCCCUGCCGGGCCCGGCCGCGGAGGGACACGCCCAUGGGGCGGGGUUCCAGCGGCGGGCGGCCUGUUGGUGGAUGGCCACGCCGAGAUUGGGCCAGGCCGCGAGGGGACCAGCCCUUGGGGCGAGGUUCCAGCGGCGAAGGUAUGUUCGUCCGUGAGACAGGGCCCAGCUGGGCCCGGCCGCGAGGGGACCAGCCUCAGGGGCGCAGUCACGGCGGCAAACCUGCUCUUCGUCGAGGGCCACGGGGAUGCGGUCGUGUUCACACGCGCGCUCAGUUCCCGGGGCACGCACGAGGUCACGAGCGUGCCUGCGCUCGACGGCGCGCUGAUCGGCGACGUGUUCGUGUUCAAGGGCGUGCGCAGCUGCAAGGGCGCUCGGGUGCUCGACGACAUGCCGGUGCUCACGGGCAUUGCAGUGUUCAACGACGCAGUGGCGCAGUACUUGCGGCCGCUGGGCGAGCUCGAGCGAGGGAGCAGUGGCUACAUUGCUCGCAUCACUUGCUCGCUCAUACCGGGCCGUUUGCGCCAGCUGCCUGGCGACGCCGCCUGGUGUCGGGAGGGCCUGGUCGAGGUGCAGCUGGCAGCCGAGGGCCUACUCGACGAGGAUGCCGAAGGGCGCGACGACGGGGACGAGCGGAUCGGCCGCGCGCUGACCGCCACAGGGGAACCGCCCGACGACGGGGAUUAG